UUCAUUGGGUCAUUGAAUACUUUGAUUGACACACGAGAAGCAAAAGGUGCGGAAAGUUUCCUAUUGGUCGCCGAGGCUGUCUCAGUCUCCCCUGGUCUCGAGCGCUGCGCAUUUCAAGCAACUCAGUCUUGUGAGUCAGCAACAGCUACGGGGCUUCAGUUCAGACUCAGAGGUGGAGUUUCAACAACUUCAAUACUUUGACUUCGGAGUCUUAUAAAUUUUAGAGGUAUUUGGCUCUCCCUCCCCAUUUUCUAGACAAAGAGGACUUCAUUUCACUCAAGGCUCACCACUUUUGGGGGCUGCAUUGAAUAGGGGAUUCUGACCAGGAGUCACAAUGAAGUCCCUUGCAUCUUUGUUUCUUUGGCGGAUCAUCAUCUUGACUAUGUCACUAGUCUCAUUGGGCCAGACAUCUGAGUAUGUGUACGAUACCUGGAAGUCAGAGAUAUACAACGGCGGUCGCAUCUACGACAAGCCUCCCCAGUGUGUGGACAUCCCAGAUGACCUGAGGCUCUGUCACGGUGUGGGCUACAGCCAGAUGCUGCUGCCCAACUUGCUGGAGCACGAGACUAUGGCUGAGAUCAAGCAGCAAGCAGGGAGCUGGGUGCCCCUGGUGCACAAGAACUGCCACCCGGGCACUCAGGUAUUCCUCUGCUCCCUUUUUGCCCCUGUGUGCCUGGAGAGGCCCAUCUACCCAUGCCGCUGGUUCUGCGAAAAUGUUCGUGAUGGCUGCACCCCCAUCAUGGAAGCAUUUGGGUUUCCAUGGCCUGAAAUGCUCACCUGCGAGAAGUUUCCUGAAGAUGAAGUGUGCAUCAGUGCGCCCAAUGUCACAGAGGCCUCCAAUCCCAGUGGAUACUCUCCAGUUUGUCCUCCUUGCGACAAUGAAAUGAAGACGGAUGUGAUUCUGGAGCACAUGUGUGCCAGUGAAUUUGCCAUAAAGACUAAGAUCAAGGAGGUCAAACGGGAGAACACGGAUCGCAAAGUGAUCCUGCAGAAGAGGAAAAAAAUCAUAAAGCUGGGAACUUUAAAGAAGAAAGACCUGAAGAAACUCACUCUGUACCUGAAGAACGGAGCCGACUGCCCCUGCACGCAGCUUGAAAAUCUCGGAAACACAUAUCUUAUCAUGGGACGCAAGGUGGACAAACAGUACCUUCUCACCGGCAUUCACAAGUGGGACAAAUCUAGCAAAGAAUUCAAAAAGACCAUGAAAAAACUCAAAAGCCACAAGUGCCCUGCUUAUGAGAAUGUCUUCAAAUAAACACUCUCAGAGCUCCCACUUUACUCUAUGAACUUGCACAUCCAGGCAACCCCAAAUAUUGUUUUAUUUUCCAUUGUUUAUAUACUAUAUAUAUAUAUUUCUCAUGUAUUUUGUAGAUCGGUGUUGUUUAAGACUGAAAAGAUAAUGAAUGAAACAGUAGACCAAAUCUCCACCACAACCAACUGAUCACUUUUGUAUAUAUCCAAAUAUGUAACUGUUGAUAAUAUCUUGUGAAAUUAUCAGAAUUCACCUGCAAUUGAUUGUUGAACAUUCUUUAAAAAAAAAAACACACA